ACCCUUUAAAGAAAUUGAGUAGUGAAGCAGAACUUCCUAUUUAGGUUGUCCAGCUCAAUAUGCAUCCUUUUGAUUGGAUUAUAAUAUUCUGCUUAGACUGUAUCUUAUUUACGUUUGGAUCAACAACACCUUCUUCAAAUCAAAAGGAAGUAUACAACUAUGCCAUUGAUGUCUGGCCCGUUCUUAGCUGUCCAAAUAAUGAGUCGGAAUGGCAAGCAGCUGCAGUAAGGGCUGGCUGUAGUGGAACACGUGGAUACCAUUGUGUCCCGGACAAAUUCCAUUCAAGGCUCAUUGAGUUUUGCUACAACAGAACGCGUAUUUUUGUACCUAAAGAACACUGUCUAGAACUUGCUUCAAAUGGAGUUCUAAACUACGUGAAAUGCCAUGAGUUUACAAAGGGAUGUCCAGAAAAUCAUUAUUUUAGUAAUGAAAUAUACAAAUAUCCAUUCUGUCUAAGUUUGGCUUUCCAAUGUUUCACUUCGGACAUCAAAUGCCUGGAUCAAAAGUUUAAAGAACAGCAGAACAAAGUAAGGCAUCCAGACUGUACAACAACAGACUGUGAAGGGAAGUUACCCCCUGAAAUAAUUGUAGCAUUGAUUUUGAUAGUGGUCGUACUUUGUUUUGGUGUUUCCAUGUUGUUUUUGUGGAUAUACAGGAAAAAGAUUGAGAAGUUAAAGCCAGAUUCUGCUUCUAUGGAACAAGAAGAAAUGGUUGAAAAAAGACCAGCCGUUGGCAUAUCGGAUGAUCUACAAGUGUUAGGAAAACUUCAAGGCGAGCUUGUUUUUGAAGACAUAUAUCUCUCAUUGCUGUUAAGGAGACAUUGUCGAAAUGGUGUUUUUAAAAAUUUCAUAUAUUUGUUGGAGACGAGAAUAAUGAAAAAGCAAAAGAAUGAAUAUGAUGUUAACCUUCUAAAAAUUCUAACAACACGUGACGAAAACGGUUUUACCUUAUUGCAUUAUGCAGCAGAGGGAGGUUCGGUAGAUAUUGUGAAAGCGUUGAUUAAGGCAGUGGAUGAGGCGAAUGAGCAUUUAGAAAUGGAGGACAGAACAAAUAUAGACGAUACAACACACGAUGGUCUCACAGUGUUGCACAUUGCCUGCAAGAACAAAAAUCGCUCUCUUUGUAGACACCUAUUGAUUGACGAAAACUAUAAAGAUCUUCUAUACAAAAAAUCGAAGCAAGACUGGAAUGCAGCACAUUUUGCUGCUAUGGGAGGAGACGAACAUAUAAUGAAUAUGCUCGGAAGUAGGGAUUUAGAUAUCAAAGAUGUAACAAAAAAUGGACUGAAUAUUUUUGACAUUGCUUGCAUACACAAUAACACGGAGAUGUGUAAAGAUCUAAUGAGCCGUGAAGAUUUGAAACUUCCAUUAGACAAAUCUGAUUUACGUGGAUGGACAAUCGCACACUUUGCAGCAAUGGCUGGAAACGCAGACAUAAUUGAUUACUUAAUUGCGAAAAAAGUCCAAAUGGUGAAAACUAAAAACCAAAAAACCAUUUUGCACGUGUGUAGUGAAUUUGGGAACGAGGAAUUGUGUAAAAAGAUAUUGAAGCAUUUUGGCAAAAUGGUGCAUGACAAAGAUGAAGAAGGUUGGAAUGCACUACAUUAUGCUGCAAAAGGAGGAAAUCUGGGGAUAUUUAAGAAAAUAGAAAGAUUCUUUCAAGGACGUGUGUGCGAAACAACAGAUGACGAAAGAACAGUUUUACAUAUAGCUUGCAUCAAUAACAGAACCGACAUUUGUCAUUACAUUUGCAAUAAAGAAUCAUACAAAGACAUAAUUAAUAGUACGGGUGAGUUUAGAGGUUGGACAGCAGCUCACUACGUCGCCGUAGAAGAAAGACAUGAUGGAACUGAGGAAACUCUUAUUCGUACGUUAGUAGAUGGUGGAAUAAAUAUAAAAUCUACUACAGUCGAUGGACUCACUGUGUUGGGAGUAGCAUGCGAACACCGAAAUGGAAACCUGAUCAACUUCUUGUUAAACGAAUAUAAUGACUUAUUGGGCGUUGGAAUAGAAUAUUUAGAAACCGCAGCUAAAGCUUCGAAUGAUGAUUAUAUUGUUGCUAGAAUUCAGGAAGCUUUAAAACAUUACAACGGAGAAAUAGUCCAUGUAAAAGUAAGAAAGGUAUCAGAGAAAGAAGGCAAUAUCAGAUUUGAAAGAAAACAAGGAUCUGAAGAAAAUGUUGCUAUGCCAGAAGAAGAAGAAGAAAGAGAUAGCACGUUCGCAACAAAACAAGGAUCGGAAGAAAAUGAAGCUUUACUAGUACCUGGAUGAUAAACUUUCCAAUUUUUUCUGACUUAAUUGUCAUUUUAUGUUUAAAUUGAAAAUAUUGAUUAUAUUCAAAAGUGUGCUAGUGAAUGACACAUAAACCACGAAAAGAUAUAUGAAACAAAGAAAAAACGCCCCCAAAUGUUUACUUUUUUUAAAUACCAAUUGCUAGAUGUAAUACCUAUUUUCGGCUGGCUUGUCCAUCACAUAUAUUUUAAAGAUCAUCAUUUAAAAGGCAUAUACAUUUCGCACAUAAAGCAUUGUAAACAUUCUUCGCUACGUGGGGGGUUAUAACAUUUAUUCUUUAAUAGUUAAACUAUAUUGUGUGUAUUCCUGGUAAGAAUGAUUCGUCUAAUCAAAACAAUUUAAUGGGAUGUGGUGAUAUGCAUGUAUUUGUUAUUCAUUUUGCUUUAAUACUUUGCAUUUCUUCACUUGUGAGUGUUUUGCUUUUGUCAAUGAUGUAACGAUGUAUAUCCUUAACAAUGACGGGAACAUUUUGUAAAAGUGAAUGCCUAUGACAAUGUUUUCAACCAAUCCCCAUAGCGACCACGUUAUUCGUAAAUCAAAAAUAUUGAUUUAUGAAAAAUGAAUGGGAUAAUUUGUUGCGUAUAUAUCGGAUCUCUCAUGACUUGCUAUGGUAUAUGAUUUUUAUCCAACGAGAUAUGUGUUUUAGAAA